UAGGAAGUGGUUACACUUGGCCAUUUUCUAGGGUGACAGUAGGAGUGAGUCAAGUUUUUGGCGCCGUUGCCGGGGACAGCUAGGUUGUUGAAGAAACGUGAAUUCUGUUAAUUUAGCUUUUCUUUUCGCAUUGUUUUCUUUGUCCCACUUGUGCCUUCACGAGUUUGCUGCUUGACUGUGUGCAGGUAGUGCAUGACCCGUAGCCAGUCGGGAGGUUUACUGCCGUUGGAUCCGGAGCUUGAACGCACCUGUCGCCAACUUAGGAGACAACAGCGAGCUAGACUGGCUACGGAAGAGCGCAUAGACAGCCACUUGAGCAGCGAUUCUGAGGAAGAGUACGAGAUGGAAGGCGAUCACAAUCCACACCAGGGGAAUCCUCUGGCGAAUCAGAUCUUGGGGAACAACCCCAUACCCCAGGCAGAUGGGGUUCAUCAUCAUCCACCGCCGCCGGGUCCCACCUUGGAGUACUACUACACUCCACGGAUUACUGACAUUCGCCCUGUCAUCCUCUACCCGCCCAUUCCAGCGGACAACUUCGAGAUCAAGCCAUGCUGUGCCCCAACAAAAUUGGUAUCAGAGCCAAUGCUACUAUCCUAUCCUCCUAAACCAGUCCCAUAUAUCCUACCCAUAAAAAAAAAUUCUCCAAAAUCAUGGCAGCAGUCCAGGCGAACACAAUGUUCGUGAUGGAGGAAGAUUCUGGCAAAAUGUCAGAAGUAGAGGAUGAACUACGAAGCAGUAGCAAAACCGUAGAGGAAAAUCCAACGGUUCAAAUGCAGGAAGAGCAAGAAUCCAAAUCACUCCCAAAGGGAUUGUUGGUUCAAGCAGAAACAAGCAGAUGAUCAAGAAGCAAAAUUCACUCAAGGUGAAGAAAUCAAGCAUACAUCAUGACGAAGUCGGUCACUGGAGAAAAUUUCAAGAAGUUCAAGGAGCAACUACGAAUUGGGGAUUAAGAGGGGGUGUCAAAAGUCCAUAAUCCACAAUUCUCCUCAAAGCUCUAGACAUCUCCAUAUGAGUCCCAUUUGCAGAAUAUUGGAGAAAAGCUCAACUACCCAACUACCUACAUUAUUGGAACUAAAAUAAUAGAAAUAAACUCAAGCCACAAACUAAACCUACCACCAAUGUAUUUGCUACGUGUAUAGGUGGUUGAAAGCCUUGGCAUGACAAUAUAAAUAGAAAGCCUCAUUGAGGCAUGUAAGGCAGAGUGAGCUAGAGAGCAUAGGCUCCUCUCAAGGGUUAAGGCAACAAACUUGCCUAAUCCGUUAUGGGAAAAUGUGGGCAGUGUUUGUGAGGGUAGAAGUAGAACAAUCAAGAGCAGCAGCUCUAAUGUAAAAGGCAACAAUUGCCUAGUUGUGUGAGAUAUUAGAGUGAAAGAAUUUCCUCUAUUUUCGAUCCAUCUCACCAUAUUUCCGCUGUGCCCCAACAAAACAGCAUCGGAAAACACAUUUAAGCUAGGAAAGGCCACCCUAUACAACAACCUCAAAUACAAACAUCUCCUACCAAAACACCAUCACCCUACCUACAAAUGACAAUUAGAGCUAGCUAGGACAUAUGCAAACUCAUCAUUUCCUGCUGUCAUGACAACUACAACUUCUUCAAUUUGCUGCUGCAAUUCAAGGCAUGUUCUUCCAGUACUACCAAAUACAAUUCUACAUCUUUCCCUCCAAAUACAACUUAUCAGAUAGUUCCAAACAAAGUGAUAUGAUUCAGGAUUUAAGCUCCAAUCUUUUCCCAUUAACGUUUAAAGAAGCCAUGGACACAAGUAGAGUUGGGAUGUUGGCGAUUAUGAAAGUGAUUAAGUAUGUGAGGCAGUUCGAGCUAGCCACUUUGAGUCCUUAUUCGUUUGGAGGCUUGUUGAGGAAAGCUAGAGGUUGGAGAUGAAAGAAAAAGUUUCCUUGCACAAAGACAAGGCAUUGGUUAAGCGAAAUGAAGCCUCUAGGACGUCACACGAAGGGUCCAAAAGAUGCUAUGAAUGGCUGAGUGGCGACGUAAGCUGGAAGUGCCUUUGCUUCAGAAGGAAGGAAUCAUAGUUAAAGUAGUUGCCUUGUUUGUUAGAGAUUCGUUUACCAAGUCAGUAGUGUAAUUGAUUUUCCUUGUUAUAUUAGUAGAAGAAGUAGUCCUUUGAAUUCUAUUUAAACCCUACGGCCGAAUUGUAAGUUUGAGUUUUUUGUAAGGAAUAAGAAUUGUUCUAGUUC